AAUCCAGUAUCCAAUGAGAUCCAUUGGAGAACGGGUGUUCGGCUAGCGUGCCCGUAACCGCGUGUUUGAUUUUACGUAAAAUCACAACUCUACGAUGAACACAAUAAUGAAUUUUGUCAUCCGGUCCGAAGAUCAACGGACUGCGGUGUCCGAUCAUUUGCAGUCAAUCGGGUGUUGCAAAUUUUGCGUUCGACGUUUCCUCCGCAGUAAUUUUAUUGGGAAAGUGAAUGAAUUAGAGACACCGGUUGAGGAAUUGAACGAUAGUCAUGAUGGGCUAUCACCACCGCCUUCGAAAAAGGGUAAAGUUGUACACGAAGUGGACGGGAAGGCAGACGAUGAAUCCAACUGUCACGAAGCGCAUAGAGGAGAGCAUUCGAAGCAAGAGUCGUGCGUUGGCUGUUACAACCUGCUCGACUAUAAUCAUUUGAACGCAGCUCUGGAACGGAUACACCAGAUCGUCCGGGACAAAGAUUGCAGUUUCUCGUCGUACGUGCUUCAAAUCUCGAUGCCGGUUACACUGGAUGUUAGGCAUCAUGCGUUACUGCUCCACUUGAAAGAGAUGUUCGGAGAGCUGUACGAAGGCUGCAGCGACAUCACGUUCACGACCGUCAAAGAAGCGUGGAAAUACAUCCUGAGCGCGGAAAUAUCUCGCACUUACGACGCGAGGCUGGAUACGCAAAGCACCUUUCAGUUGUUCGUGACGCUGCCAUCUGGUGACGCGAAACAGGACUGUGGCUUCUUGCUGGAUGCCUACCCAGAGUGUUUCCCAAACAGGCUUCAGAGGAAGGAUCAGAUGCGGGAAAUCUUUACGAGGAGAGCCGUGCAAGAGGCGCUGCAGAAAAUUCCCGAUGACGAGUUAAAGAGUUUGUACAACUGUCCGCCAAAACCGACAACUCCACUUCCUUCAGAGGCAUCCAUCACAUGUACAUAUCUUCCUAUUUAUGUUGCUGGGCGGUACUGCAAGUACUCCAGGACUCUGAGCCAGACGCCUUGGCUGCUGAAGGGAAAGAAAAUCAUGGAGACAUCAGUUCAGGAACUCAUCACGGACGUAAUCAACAAAAGGAUUCCCAACAGUCGAGUAGUGUUUUCUGCAUCAGGUCGAGAGGACGUCGACGUGAGAAUGCUUGGGAAAGGUCGCCCAUUCCUCCUUGAAAUCGUUCACCCAAAGAAGGAUAAAUACAGCGUGCAAGAGUUGGAGGCCUUUGAAAGGGAGAUCAACGAAAGCACAAGUGACAUCAAAGUGAGCGAUCUCCAAGUUGUGACAAAAGAAAGCACGACUGCCAUAAAGGCUGGAGAGAAAAAUGAAGCCAAGAAGUAUUCCGCGUUAUGUUGCGCGAGCAGGCCGUUGACAAGCAAGGAUGUGGCUGUCAUCGAGGAGCAAAAGCUUGUGGUACUGAAGCAGAAGACACCUAUAAGAGUCUUACAUAGGAGGAAUUUAGCCGAACGAGAGAGAGCAGUUUACAAGAUGUCGGCAGAAAUUCUGGAGGAUGGCACUUUCAAGCUCGAGGUUCAGACACAAGCUGGGACCUACGUUAAGGAAUUUGUGCACGGUGACUUUGGAAGAACUACUCCGUCUCUCGGCGAUCUCAUCGGAGCCGAGGUCGACAUAAUGGAGUUGGACGUUCAUGAAGUCAGUCUUAACUGGCCUCCGCCGAGAUGAUGACCUUCGCGCAGAGGAAUACAAUAUUUCUUAAGACCGCC